GGGUACAAGAGGGUUAGAGAGAGAGGAAGGCAGCUGAGAGAAGAGAGAGAAAGAGAAGAGGAAUGGAUCACAUCAGAUGGCUGCUCAUCACUUUCCUACUGACAGAUAUUUCAUGUAACAAGGAAUGUGGCCCCAGGAUAAAUGUGAGUGGAGCAGAAGGGGGAGGAGCCAGUCUACCAGUGAAGAUACAGGGGCAGAUAAAGGACGUCUCUUGGGUUAUAAGUGACGGUCGCAGACUGAAUCAUUUUGCUACAACAAAACCCAAUGAGCCUGUUGAUAUCCGGGAUUUUCAGUAUGAGGGGAGACUGCGCAGUGAGACAGAUGCCUCCUUAACCCUCACUGAUCUGACCAAUCAGGACCAGAGAAUCUACUCAGCAGAUAUUCGUCUGCGAUCAAAUCAGAUCUGUGACCAACUGUAUCAUCUCCAAGUCUAUAAAAAUCUAUCCACAGAAGAUAUCCAGAUUCAUGCAAAUAUCACCCAAAAUGAGACCUGUAACGUUACUGUGACCUUGUCCUGUGCUGUGAUUGGAUCAGAUGUGACUGUCACCUGGAAUAACACAAACAGCCCUGUUACAGAAGUGACCAAUCACACACUCCGUGUCUAUAAUGCUUAUUCUGAUGUCACAUACAGUUGUACUGCCCGGAAUCCAGUCAGCAAAGCUUCCAGAACUGCACAUAUUCCUGUCACUUGUAAUCGAGACCCCCAAGUUGGAAAUUAUACCCAGCAGAACAUCAUACGUCUUGGUUUGUCCUCUAUGAUACUGGUUAUUACUUCAUAUCUGAUCAUCCAACACUUUCAUGGCAUGAAAAGAGAAACAUGAUCCUCAGCAAUGGAAGGGCUGGUCAUAUUGUGACUCCUCAUGGGUGGGGCCUAUACACUAAUGUUUCCAUUCAGGCUGAAGAGAUUGACCUUCCAUCAAGUUAAUCCUUAUACUGAAAUAAAUCCUAUCUAUUUUCUUGUUGAUCCAGUGGAAGGAGAAAAUUCCCCAUAUGACGCUUUUACCAUAUUUCACCAAAGGGGAUAAAUGCUCAUUCAAUAAAUAAAACUGUUGGAUUGGCCCCUGGAUGAACACUGUAUAUAGAAACUGUUAAUAUCAAUGCAAUAAGUUAUUGCAGAAGUUCUCUUAAUCUAUGAUAACCAACCCAAAUACAUUGUUCUGGAUAAUGGAAGCCGGUGGUGGAGAAUGAGUUGGUAUCACCCCACUGUCUCCCGAGGGAAUGUAUAGAGGAAACCAUGACUAUAUGCUCUUAUUUAGUUUAUUUAGUGGCUGGGUAGUCUGUUUUUAGCAAGUAUAAAACUGUGCUGAGGACACUUAGCCUUCAUCAAUGCAAUGCUCCAGCCACAUGUACCUGCUUUGAGACUGGGAUGGAACCAAGCAGGUUGUGUUCCUAAGUACAUAUGACAGCAAGGACUAAUCCUAAGGCUCAUUGUCCUUCAUAUAAAAUUUAGUCUGAAGCACCUUCCCAUCCAAGCACCCAUUCUCCCACUCCAACCAGUUAUUUUCACCCCACCCUUCUAUUCACAUGUGUCCUUCAAGUUCUUCGCAUUGGGUACUGACCCUUCAAACUGGAGACAAUAAAGCACCAAAAACAAAAUUAA